AUGGUUAGACAGAAAGUGAAGUUGGCUUUCAUGGAAAAUAACACUGAGAGGAGAGUCUCAUAUAGAAAACGACAAAAGGGAUUCUUAACCAAGGCUCGUGAACUCAACACCCUUUGCGAUGUUGAAUUGGCUACCUUAAUCAAUAGCCCUUACCACAAUGAACCUGAGGUGUUUCCAAAUCAUGAAGCUACUACCGGUAUCUUUACAAAGUUUAUCGAUCUUCCAGAGGAGAGGAAAUCAAAAAACAUGAAAACACAAGAAAAGAUAACCAUGAAAAGGAUCGAGAAAAUUGAGAAUGAACUUGAGAACCUGAUAAAUGAUGGGAUCAAAGCAAAAACUCACGAAGAAGGUUCAACAUCAAAUGCUCUUCAACCUAUCGCUGGACCGAUGGAUUCUGGUGGGACAAGCUUCGACAUGCCAUGGGCUCCUCUUUUGGCCCUUGUUGAUGCUCCAAUACUAUCCGAGAUUCCUCUUUUGGUUCCAUCUACUGUACCUAGUGGGACCAACUUCAAGAAGCCAAGGGCUCCUCUUAAUUUGGUUCUUGAUGUAACACCAACAUCAAUGGUUCCUCUGACGGCUCCAUUGAUGGCUCUUUCAAGAGAUCCUACUCAAGUGCCUCAAUUAAUGUUCCCUUUGAGGACUCCUCCUCAAAUGGUUCCACUUGUGGAUCUGUAA